ACAACGUCCCACUCACUUUGAUCUACAACUUCUCUGUCACUGAACGGAGACCCAAGAAUCGAAUAGGAAUUUGGAAUACAGGGAAUUGGGAGGGGUUUCGUCUCUCUCAUCCUUGCUCCAAGGCGAAGGGCUGCUUGUUAGCUUUUCUUUAUUUAAAAGAGAGAGAGUGAGAGAGAGAGAGGGCGGGGGGAAUUUCAAAGGCAAAGAAAAAGUAAAAGCAUAGGAUUAUAUAUAGGGUAUUAAAUGUUCUGGUGUUGUUUAUAUAUAUUGGGUUGAAUAGGAGCCAAAAGGGUCUUUUUCCUCAACAUCUGCACAAACCUUUGAAGCGGGUGCAGAGAUUUUUGCUGCUUUUUGAGGUCUCGCCGUCUUUGGGGAUGCGGCACUGCCUUUUCUCUGUGCAAAUUGGUGGCGCAUUAAAGAAGGAGCUUUUACUCAGCUGAGUUUUUGUUUUUAAAGGAAACGGAAACUCUUGAAGCAGCAGAUUUUUCCAUUAUUUCAACGCUGUUAAUCAGGCACUCAGUCUCUGUGAGAAAGAAAGCUUGUAAAUGCUCUGCCUCUCUCAACUGUACCAGUACCGCCACACCCAGCUCGUGCUUUAUAUCUAAAGCCACUUGUUUUUUGUCAUUCGGAAAACAAGGAAGAGGUGACAAUACCCUGUCAUUUUGUUUGGAAGGCAGAUCUGUGGUAGCUUCAAUCUUUUAACGAAAGAGACAUCUCGAACGAGGAAGUUGAAAGUGAUCUACCGGGAUUUAGACGUUGCCUUUUGAGAAAAACGGAGACAAUGUUGCCUCAGAAGCAAGCAGAGGAAGCAAUCGUCUCCAACUUUAGCGAGACAGAGCAUGAGGGCAAGGAGCAAGAGAAAGAGGAAGACCAUUCCUUGUUUAGCGUCAAGACCUUUCUCUGGCAUGGUGGCUCCGUCUGGGAUGCCUGGUUCAGCUGCGCUUCCAAUCAAGUAGCUCAAGUGCUUUUAACACUUCCCUACUCUUUCUCUCAACUGGGUAUGCUUUCAGGGAUCCUGCUUCAGAUAUUCUAUGGAAUUGUUGGGAGCUGGACGGCUUAUCUGAUUAGUGUACUCUACGUAGAGUACAGAAGCCGGAAGGAGAAAGAAAACGUCAGCUUCAAGAACCAUGUCAUACAGUGGUUUGAAGUGCUUGAUGGUCUUCUGGGUCCGUACUGGAAAGCAGCGGGGCUUGCUUUCAACUGCACUUUCCUCCUAUUCGGAUCUGUCAUACAGCUUAUAGCUUGUGCAAGUAACAUAUACUACAUCAACGACAAUCUGGACAAACGGACAUGGACAUAUAUCUUUGGUGCUUGCUGUGCUACAACAGUGUUCAUACCUUCAUUUCACAAUUACCGUAUUUGGUCUUUUCUAGGCCUUGGAAUGACCACUUAUACCGCCUGGUAUAUGGCUAUAGCAGCUAUUAUUCACGGCCAGGUGGGUAAUGUGCAACAUUCGGCUCCAACAAAGCUAGUGCUUUAUUUCACAGGAGCUACCAAUAUACUAUACACGUUCGGUGGACAUGCUGUGACUGUGGAAAUUAUGCACGCCAUGUGGAAGCCCCAGAAGUUCAAGUACAUUUACCUAAUGGCCACACUCUACGUUUUCACACUAACAAUUCCCUCCGCCGUUUGCGUUUAUUGGGCGUUUGGCGAUGAGCUCCUCAACCAUUCCAACGCCUUCUCUCUCCUCCCCAAAACUCGCUUCCGCGACGCCGCCGUUAUCUUGAUGCUCAUCCACCAGUAUUUAAGUUUCUUUACGUGCCUUGGAAUGACCACUUAUACCGCCUGGUAUAUGGCUAUAGCAGCUAUUAUUCACGGCCAGGUGGGUAAUGUGCAACAUUCGGCUCCAACAAAGCUAGUGCUUUAUUUCACAGGAGCUACCAAUAUACUAUACACGUUCGGUGGACAUGCUGUGACUGUGGAAAUUAUGCACGCCAUGUGGAAGCCCCAGAAGUUCAAGUACAUUUACCUAAUGGCCACACUCUACGUUUUCACACUAACAAUUCCCUCCGCCGUUUGCGUUUAUUGGGCGUUUGGCGAUGAGCUCCUCAACCAUUCCAACGCCUUCUCUCUCCUCCCCAAAACUCGCUUCCGCGACGCCGCCGUUAUCUUGAUGCUCAUCCACCAGUUUAUAACAUUUGGGUUCGCAUGUACGCCGUUGUACUUUGUGUGGGAGAAGGUGAUAGGGAUGCAUGACACGAGGAGCAUAUGUUUGAGGGCACUAGCAAGGCUGCCGGUGGUGAUACCAAUAUGGUUCUUGGCAAUAAUCUUCCCCUUCUUCGGGCCUAUAAACUCCGCAGUUGGGGCUCUUUUGGUCAGCUUCACCGUAUACAUUAUCCCAUCUUUAGCACAUAUGCUCACCUACAGAAAAGCCUCUGCCAGACAGAAUGCUGCGGAGAAACCACCAUUCUUUUUACCAAGCUGGACUGCUAUGUAUGUGUUCAAUUCGUUUAUUGUGGUGUGGGUUCUGGUGGUAGGGUUUGGGUUUGGUGGAUGGGCAAGCGUGACCAACUUUGUGAGGCAAGUUAACACAUUUGGGCUCUUUGCCAAGUGCUACCAGUGCAAGUCUCCAGCACCGCCUGCAGCGGCAGCCGCCCCACAACACUGAGCUAACUCAGAUCAAAUUGGCUCUCCUGCCUGCCCUCCGGCCGACCGACCGACGUCACCUUUCCUUCUCUCUCCAUAUUUUGUAUCAUACAUGGGGAAGUAGUAAUAUUUCCCCUACAUGUGAUGUGUGCUGGAUUUUUCCUUUUUGAGUCUUUUUUUUUUCUUAAAUUUAGUUGAUAAAAUAGUGUGUUGUGAUGAUUCCCUUUGCUAUGAAGCAUAGACUAAUUAAAUCCGAUAUAUAUAUGUUUAGAUUUUCUUUU